AUGACUCUCCUUGGAGACACACAGAAAGUAGACCGGAUUCCCUUCCAUGACCAUCAGUCAGAUCACAGCCUGAUGCUGGGGGCAGAGACCCAGGUUCCAGUGUUCAGGUACUUUGCCCAGAUUCUUAAUCCACCCCCACCUUCAUUUCCUCCUCCGAAAAAGAAGACGAUGAUUGCAGCUGCUAACAUGGUGGUGGGGCUUCUGAAGCUUGAAGGAAAUGACAGCAGGGAGGAAAGUUUCGUGGGAGAGAUCAUCUUGGAAAAUGCCCAGCUCAUGUUGCAGAUGGACUCGAUCCAGGUUGAUGCAGAUGACUUUAAAGAGAGAUAUGAGCACGAGCCAUUUCGGAAGGCAGCAGAAGAAGAAAUUAGCUCUCUGUACAAAGUCAUUGAUGAAGCUAAUUUCACAAAGACAGAUCUGGAGAAUCAAAUGGAAAGUUUGAAAGAAGAACUUGGCUUUCUGUCCAGGAGUUACCAAGAGGUAGGUAUCCAUUGCUAUUUGCGGGAUGUGAAAGUUCUGUACAAGCAGCUGGCGGGGUCUGAGCUGGAGCAAACAGAUGUUCCCCGCACCGGUCUGGAUGAUGUCCUUGAGACUAUCAGAAUUCAAUGGGAGAGAGAUAUGGAAAAGAACCAAGCAGAGGCAGGAGCCUUGCUCCAAGCUAAGCAACAGACAGAAGUAGCCCAAGUGUCCCAGACCCAAGAAGAGAAGCUGGCUGCUGCCCUUGGGGUAGAAUUGCACAAUACUUCAUGCCAAGUCCAGAGCCUCCAGGCCGAGAUGGAAUCCUUAAGGGCUCUGAAACGAGGUCUGGAGAACACCUUGCAUGAUGCCAACCACUGGCACGACAUGGAGCUGCAGACUGGUGCUGUGGUGGGCAGGCUGGAGGCAGAGCUGGCAGAGAUUUGCUCAGAGGCUGAGCAGCAGCAGCAGGAGCGGGAACACCUGCUGGUAUGCAAAGGCCAGCUGCAGAAGGACGUGGCAUCCUACCAUGCCCUGUUAGACCAGGAGGAGAGCAGGUAUGCCUUGGUUCCUCUUUAG